AUGCAAGACGGCAGCUCCUUGCCCCAUCUGCCACGCGAAGUGGUCGUUCGCAUCUUUGAGAGGCUGCCAAUUCUAAGCUUUCUUCGCGGAGCGAUUGCGACCUGUCGCAAGUUUUCCUUAAAGUGGUAUCUGGAGCGGAGUUUCCAGAAAGUGGUCGUGGUACCGGAUGAGGAGAAGAGCAUCAAUGCGGCGAUGAACCGUCUUGCCAGGGAAGGCGAUGUCGGCCAGGGCCUCGUGUUGGUCCGUCCUGGCUUGUACUCCGAAACGGUCCGCGUGACUCAGAACUGCUAUGUGCUGGGGUUCGGGCCGAGCCAUGAUGUUGUUGUGGAAGCUCCUGGCUGGGAGAGUGCCCUUGUCUCCGCGGGCCUGGGAGGGUACCACAUGCCCAAGAUGCUGGGCUGGGGAGGAUUCACUUCUGGCGAGGCUGCUUGCAUUGAGAACAUCACUUUUCGUUGCCGCAAUGAACAGAUGCGCGGGCAGUGCGUGUACAUUGUCAUGGGCCAGCUACACCUAGUGCGCUGCACUGUAGACGGUGGAGUUUUUGUCAGUGGUGGGCGUACCGCACCUCGCUUCAGCGAGUGCCACAUUCGCAAGUCACGGGGCAAUGGCAUACGAUUCACCGACCACGCUCACGCAUCGAUGAGGGGAAGCUCCGUGGAACAUCAUGGAGGCCAUGGGGUUCUCAUUGAGAGGAACUCGCAGCCCAAAAUUGCCGAAACGUCGAUCUGCGGCAACGCCGGGUAUGGCAUCCGCGUGUACUGUGGCAGCAGCAUGCUUCCCAGCAACAAUGAAGCUCUGAUGCCAGCCUCUCUUGAAAGCAUUCAGAACAAUUACUUUGAAGGCAACGAAACUGGAGAGCUUUCUCUAACACCUCGCUUUGCGGAUCGAGAUCUCGAUUCAGAUGAUGAUAACGACCUUUCCUUACUUCGGCGGCUCUGA